AUGAGCGCAGCAGAGCUCGAUGAGACCCUCCGACAGCCUUCGUCACGCUCGAGCUCCAUCGGCUCUGUCUCUCCCGGUGUUGAUGAGGAAGAUGACAACGCAGCCCAGCGCAAUCCAGUCACAUACUUUGAGCGCAAGCUCGCUGCCGCCUGCUUUGCAGAGCCGACAAGAGAUCUCAGCAAAGCUCUUCUGACAGCCGAGUGGGCCAGAGGCGCCAUUGAUGUGAACGCGCGCCCUCAUGCAGGACUCGCGCGAAGAGAGGCUCUCAAACGGGGCCUGCACGUCUUUGAUCGACCUGCAGAGCCUGUGCGGAUAGAGUCUGGCGCAAAGAGAGGGCAGAAGAGGUUCUCUAUCUUCAUCCCGCCUACUGCAGCUGAGGUCAUCGAGCGACUUGACACGACAUGGCCGUUGAAUCUGCAGUGGCUCACUCCAACGCAAGAGCGCGCUAUCAGACGGAGCAACAGCCAAGCGACCGGACUGUCGAUGCCCUCUGAUGGGAGAAGCUACGAACAUAUUGCGCCAAGUGCCGCUGCUUGGCCUGGCAUAAAGGAGACGUACGCACUGAGCAACAAUCAGGCGGCAUCCUCACUAGAAGACGAAUUGGAAACCCUCGCGACUGAGCAGCUGCGGCUGAAGCCCGCAUUCUCCGACCUUACAGACGAUGACGUUCUGGACAGUCUCGAGACAGUCAGCCAGAGCGCAAGUGAGACGAUCCUUCGCGCCUUGACGCUCACGCUAGACCAUCUCGCCUUUCGACGGAUCUCGCUCAUCGAGAAUCCGCCUCGCAACGCGUACAGAUCCGGACGAGCGAAGCGCGUCAAGAUGGAGCUCUUGGAAGACGAUAGCAUGCAUAUCGCUCCGCCGACGGGCGAUGACGUGCCAGGCAUGCCGCUCGCGUAUAACCCUGCUCAUUGUCUGCGGAAUAUGGCAAGCCGGACCCCGAGCGACUGGCGCGAUGUCCUUGUUGCAGCAGAUGCAGCUCAGCUACCUAUCGCCGUGCUUCAGCGUGUAGAGAGCCGACUUAAAGCGCUCUAUGGGGACUGGGUGCUCGCGUCGAGCUAG